AUGUUCAUCAACACAGCUUUCUGGGCUUCAUUUAUUGUGGCUGUUGAGAGUCACAGCUUCUCGGUAGCUUCUGCAGUGUAUUUUGGAAUCAGCCCAUUGCUAGAGAUCACUAAAGCCCUUACAGUCACUUUGUUCAUGACACACGUACACGCCAGGACAAUUUCUCCAGAGUCCACAGAGAAAGUCAAACUUGAAGGAGUAAAAGGGCUAAAAGUAAGGAAAAGGGAGGGAGAAGACAAGAAGAAAUCUGUAAGAGAAGAAUGUAAUUUGACGGGGCUGGAGUCGAAGGACUUAGGCCAUCUGAUCCAAUCCGCAGGACCCUUCCUUCCAGCGGCAAAUCCCAUGACUUCUGCAUGA